AUGUUUGUCAUCAUUUUCAUUGACGAUAUUCUGGUAUACUCGAGGAGUCAGGAGGAGCAUGCGACUCACUUGAGGUUGGUUCUGGAGAAGCUUCGGGAGCAGAAGCUUUUUGCUAAGUUGAGCAAGUGCAGUUUCUGGCAGCGAGAGAUGGGAUUUCUUGGCCACAUUGUUUCUGCAGAGGGAGUUUCUGUGGAUCCGGCUAAGAUUGAGGCUAUCAGAGAUUGGCCUAGACCUAGUAGUGCCACCGAGAUCAGGAGUUUUCUGGGUUUGGCAGGAUACUACAGGAGGUUCGUCAAGGGGUUUGCUACCAUGGCGCAGCCGAUGACGAAGUUGACCGGGAAGGAUGUCCCGUUUGUUUGGUCAGCUGAGUGUGAGGAGAGCUUUAGUCAGCUCAAGGAGAUGUUGACUACUACACCAGUGUUGGCGUUACCCGAGCCAGGGAAGCCUUACAUGGUGUAUACAGAUGCUUCAGGCAUUGGUCUUGGUUGUGUGCUGAUGCAGGAGGGCAGAGUGAUAGCAUAUGCUUCGAGACAGUGGCAGGGCAGUGAGCGUAACCGUCCUACACAUGACUUAGAGUUGGGAGCAGUGAUCUUCGCGUUGAAGAUUUGGAGGUCUUACUUGCUAGGUGAGACAGUACAGGUCUUCACGGAUCACAAGAGUUUGCAGCAUAUCUUCACUCAGCCGAUGAUGAACGCGAGACAGACGCGCUGGGUUGAGUUCUUGGCGGACUAUCAGGUGAGCAUUAACUACCAUCCGGGCAAGGCUAACCUAGUGGCGGACGCGUUGAGUAGACGGAGGUAUGAUUCCGCAGUUGAGCGAGAUGUGGAGUCUCUAGUUGGCGAGAUCAGUACCUUGCGUUUGUGUGCCAUUUCGCAGGAGCCUUUGGGUUUAGAGGCAGUGGAUCAGGCGGAUCUACUUAGCAGGAUCAGAGUUGCUCAGCAGAGUGAUCAGAGUUUGCUAGAUGCGACGAGAGUGACUGGUUCUGAGUAUGAGGUCUCUGCGAAUGGGACUAUCUUGGUUCGUGGGCGAGUUUGUGUGCCUAAGGAUGUGGAGUUGAGACAUCAGAUUUUGGGAGAGGCUCACGCGAGCAAGUUUUCCAUUCAUCCGGGAGCGACCAAGAUGUACCAUGACCUCAAGAGGUACUAUCAUUGGGUCGGGAUGAAGAGGGAUGUAGCAGACUGGGUUGCGAAGUGCAACACUUGUGCCUUGGUGAAGGCAGAGCAUCAGGUUCCGGGUGGUCUUUUGCAGAGUUUACCCAUUCCAGAGUGGAAGUGGGACAGGAUUACGAUGGAUUUCGUGGUUGGACUACCUGUUUCGAGGACUUUCGAUGCUAUCUGGGUGAUUGUGGAUCGGUUGACUAAGUCCGCACAUUUCUUGGCCAUCAAGAAGACAGAUGGAGCUGCUGUCUUGGCUAGGAAGUUUGUGCGAGAGAUUGUGAGGCUGCAUGGAGUGCCAGCUAGUAUUGUGUCAGACCGUGAUCCCAGAUUCACUUCAGAGUUUUGGAGAGCUUUUCAGGCAGAGAUGGGCACUAAGGUGCAUCUGAGUACAGCUUAUCAUCCGCAGACAGAUGGUCAGUCAGAGAGGACUAUUCAGACUUUGGAGGAUUUGCUGAGGAUGUGUGUGUUGGAUUGGGGUGGCCAUUGGGCAGAUCACCUGAGCUUAGUUGAGUUUGCAUACAACAACAGCUUUCAGGCGAGUAUUGGCAUGGCUCCAUUUGAGGCUUUGUAUGGGAGGCCAUGUAGGACACCCCUAUGCUGGACCCAAGUGGGGGAGCGCAGCAUGUAUGGAGCUACUUAUGUUCAGGAGACGACAGAGAAGGUCGUGUUGUGA